GCCAGGGAAGCCGCGGCGGAGCGCGCAAGAUGCCCCGGGUGGCCGAGACCCUCCGCGGCCGGGCGAAGCCCCGGGGCCGGGCCGGGAACACCACGCCCGCCGCGGUGAACCGUACAGGCACAUGUGCUCAGCUGCAGCCGCCCCCCAGGGGCACCUUGCAAGUCCUCCGUGGCAACGGCACCUCCGUGGGGACUGUGCUCGUGUUCCACUGCCCCUCCGGCCACCAGAUGGUAGGGUCUGGCCUCCUCACCUGUGCCUGGAAGGAGAACAUCGCUGACUGGUCUUCAGGGACCCCUGUGUGCAAAUCUGUGCCGCCACACGAGACCUUUGGCUUCAAGGUGGCAGUCAUCGCUUCCAUUGUGAGCUGUGCCAUCAUCUUGCUCAUGUCUGUGGCCUUCCUCACCUGCUGCUUCCUCAAGUGUGUGAAGAGGAGUGAACAGCAGCGCUCCAACAGGACAGCCCAGCUGUGGUACCAACUGAGAGGCGAAGACCUGGAGACAGUACAAGCGGCAUACCUAGGCCUCAAGAGCCACAAUCUCAACAACAGCAGCAGUGGUGAUCGAGGUGGCAAGCCAGGAAGCCGGUCCAAUCAGGCCCAUGACAACCACAGCUUUGCUAUAGACCUCAGUGAUGGCAUCAGAGGGCUGGCCAGUGUGACCCAUGAUGUGGACAAGGACCCCUGGACUUUUGGGCCUGGUUCUUCGAGCACUGGUGGCCUCUCCAACUCACCAUGCAACCCUGUGGUGGUCCACACAGUGAGCCCAGGGAAGAGCCUAACAGGCUCCCGGUCCACCACAAGGAUAACCACACGGCCUGCCAUGUACCUUCCAGGGUGACCCCACCAGUCAGGUACCUGUAAUGCAACAUGUCCAGCUGGAGGAUGGCCAGAGAACUCUGCUCCCAGGUGUAAGGAGUCAAGCUGCCACUGAAGGCUGAGGCCCCAGUGGGAAGUGUUCUGUUCCAGGGGAGUCCUGUGGAGAUCUUGUAGUAAUGACACUGAAGCAGCUGCUGGACCAAUGUCCCUGGGCAGCUUCCCUCCAACCAGGGUUCCUUUAAAGAAACUGUGAGACACUUUAAGUAAAUCUAGUUUUGCAUAGUAGAAUAAAAGAACAGCAAUAAAAUACUUUUCAGCAAG